UUUUUCCCUAUUUCUGUCCGUGUCUCCAGACAUCUCUUUCUCUCUGUCUUCCCUUCUUUGUCUCUACACGUCCUCCCAUCUCACCUGCUUCUCAGUUUUUGUCUGGGUCACUCCAGUGGGCAGGGAGGGCUGUGGAUGGGGAUGUGCCUGGCUCUCCUGUCUCAGGCUAGUGAUGGAGCAUGGGGGUGGGGGGGAAGAUGUAUCUCUCCCACUCUCUAUAGCUCCCUCCCCCAACUAAAAAGGCAUCAGAAGCUAAGGGGGAGUAGAAGGGAGAGAGGUUUUGUCUGCCAGACAGGGUGCCUUUGGAGGGAGAAAAGGGGAUUUUAUGGUGCCAAGCCUUGCUGCAGCCAUGCCUCCUGCCCUGUUCCUGUGUCCCCUCUUCCUGGCCUCUGCCCUCGGCCCAACCCUGGCUGUGGCCCACCUGCCCAACAGCACCAGCUUGGCAGCCACAGGCCCCCUCCCAGCCCUGUUGGCCCACCUGCGCCGGCUGACAGGGGCCAUGACAGGGAGCGGCGGUGGCGGGCUGACCAAUGGGACCUCGGGGGGCAGUAGUGGAGGGCAGGCAGCUCGGGCCCCCCUGCCUGCAGAGCUGUGCCACGGCUACUAUGAUGUCAUGGGCCAGUACGAUGCCACCUUCAACUGCAGCACUGGCUCCUUCCGCUUCUGCUGCGGCACAUGCUAUUACCGCUUCUGCUGUGAGCACCGCCACAUGCGCCUGGCCCAGGCCUCCUGCUCCAAUUACGACACCCCAGUCUGGGCCUACACACCCCAGCCCUCCGACGCCGGUGGGCCCGGGGUGGGCGGGGACGGCGGGGGGCUCGGGCCAGGCCAGCCAGGCUGGCUGGAUGGGAAGCGGGCAGGGUCUGGAGCCGGCGGGGCUGGAGGCAGGGGCGGCGAGGGGCCCGGCGGCAGUACCGCCUACGUGGUGUGCGGAGUCAUCAGCUUCGCCUUGGCCGUGGGUGUAGGUGCCAAGGUGGCCUUCAGCAAAGCAUCCCGGGCCCCCCGGGCUCACCGGGAGAUCAACGUGCCCAGGGCCCUGGUGGAUAUCCUGAGGCACCAGGCAGGGCCAACCACCCGUCCUGACCGGGCACGGAGCAGUUCUUUGACCCCAGGCCUGGGAGGACCUGACAGCAUUCCUCCCCGGCCCCCCAAAAACCUCUAUAAUCCCGUCAAAGUCUCCAACCACGAUACCCUGCAUCAUAAUUAUAUCCAUCUCAACGUCAACAGUCCCAAACACCAUGCUGCCACGCUUGACUGGCGAGCCCCGCCUCCCCCCAGCCCAGUCCUCCAUUACUCUACCCUCUCCUGCUCCCGAUCCUUCCACAACCUCUCCCACCUGCCCCCCUCCUACGAGGCCGCAGUCAAGUCCGAGCUCAGCCGAUACUCUUCCCUCAAGAGGCUUGCCGAGAAGGACCUGGAUGAGGCGUACAUGAAGAGGAGGCACCUGGCGGAGCUCCCCCGUGGGACGCUGCCCCUCCACACCAUGCGCCGGCCCGGCACCGGGGGCGGCUGCUACGGCGGGGCUGGCGAAGGCUGGGGCAGCCCUGAGGAGCAGGCGCCGAUGCCCAACCCCCGGCGGGUCAUGUCUCAGGAACAUCUGCUGUCGGACAGCGGCCGGGGCUCCCAUUGUGAGUUCACCCUGCCCCGGGCCCGCCUGGUCUCCCAGGAGCGCCUUUUGCUCUCCUCUCCCGAGGCCCUACAGAGCCAGGAGCGGCUCCUGUCCCCGCCCCGGAGCCCCGCGCCGCCCCCAGACGCACCCCGAGGGGGUCUGGCCGCCUCCCACACCAACCUGCUUCUGGGGCCUGGCCCCCCAACUCCCCUCCAUGGCCUGCCCCCUCCCCUUCACACUCACCACGCCCACCACCUGCGCCACAGCCUGUCCCCUGCGGCCUGGGGGGGCAUGGGGGCCGAGGCAGGGGGCGGUGGGGGCACGUUGGCCCGACGCCCACCCUUCCAGCAUCAGGGAGGCCUGGAGACCCUCCAGUUCAUCCCUGGCCACCACCAUCCACAACACCUGCGCACAGCGAGCAAGAAUGAGGUGACAGUCUGAGGGCUCCGCGCCCGCCCACACGAGGUUCUGGCCGAUGGGGGCCUCAGGGGCAUCGCCCCUGCCCCCUUCUGGGAUGUGAUCUCCAGAGGCUCUGGUCCUUCCGGUGACAUCACCUCCAGACGCUGCCCCCCCUUCCUAUGUCCUGAGCUCCAGAGACUCUUCCUUCCAGUGACAGCAUCUCUGGGGGCUCUGGUCCUUGGAGGGAUGACAUCCCUAGUGGAUCUCCUUCUUCUGACGGCACUGCCAAAGUCUUCACUCCUUCCUGUGACAUCAUCCCUGGAGGCCUCACCCCUUCCUGUGACAUCACCCCCAGAGGAUGCCCCUUUUCCUAGGAGGUCAUGUCCAGAGUCCGCACUCCUCAUCCUGCAGCCCCACCUCCAAAGGGUCUACCAUUUUUAUGACAUCGACUCUAGAGGCUCCCUCCAUCCUUUCCUGAGAAGUCAUUCCUAGAGACAUCACCCCUUCUCAUCACCUCAUCUCCAGAGACAGUGCUCAUUCACAUGACCUCAUCUGCCACAGGCUCCAUCCCUUCCUGGGACAUGGUUCUGACCCUUUGGUGAAUGUCCAGGGAGGGCCAGGGGUCAGCUGGAGAUGGUCCCAGACACAUUGUGGGACACCAUCUCUCCUUGAGUAUCCCUGCAUUCCAGAUGCAUUCCUGCCAAGGUUCAACCCUCUCUUUUUCCUACAGUGUCAUUUUUCCAAAGGCCCCACACCUCUUCUUGGAGACAGGCUCCUAGCCUCUGACUCUUCCUGGGAUACUGGCCUUGAAGGCUCCCCAAUUCCCCCCAUGUGGAAUCCACAAUCAUAGGCUCCAGCUCUCAAUGCAUGGAGCCUUCUGGCCUUUCUCCCUUUACUGUCAAUGAAGCUCUUCUGCCUUUCUAGCACCAGUCCAGUCCUCUCCAGGACCACUUCCUCCCUUGACCUUAGGGGAACUCCACUCCCACAAAGGAACCGGAGAAUGACAGCUGGAAUACACCCCAAUGGCCAGCCAUGUUGUCCAGCCCUUACCUCGGCGUCCUGUCCAGUGAGUGGUCUUGCAGCCUCUGCUUGAAGACCCCAAGGGAGGGUGACCUGGCCAUCUCUUGUGGCAGCCCAUUCCAUUGGGGGUAGUUCUUGUCAGCCUGUAUCUGCUUCUGCAAGUUUCCCCGCAUCACCCCUAGUUCUGGCCUCUGUGGGCAAAUAGAAGAAAUCUAGUUCAUUCUCUACAUGACAGACCUUGAAAUACUUGAAGACAGCUCUCAUAUUCCCCCCCAAAUCUCCAGGUGAAACACACCCCAUUGCUUGACUGGUCCUCCCUAGACAUGGACUCCAAGCCCUUCUCCAUCCUUGAUGUCCUCCUCUGGACACUCUCCAGCUGAUCAACGUCCUUCUUGAACUGCGCUUUCCAGAGCUCAGCCCAGUGUUCCAGGGGUACUCUGACCAGGACAGAGUGCAGGAGAACUCUCACCUCCCUGGUGCCUGGCGACCCUGCCUCCCUCUGCUGUUCCAAGUGUCCUCCUCCCAGGCUGCGUUACUUAAUAUACCAUAGCCUGAAGGACUCAUCUUCCUCCAGCCCUGGAGUUUGCCUCGACGUUCUGGGUCCCAGCAAUGUCCUAGAGGAAACAAUGACAUCUUUCUGCACCUCAGGCCCCCCAAUUUGAAUAGGCAUCUGCUGCCAAUGUUGUCACAGCUUCCCUCUGGGGCAUGACAUCACUGCCUCCUUCCAGUGGGUCUCCAAUGAUGAUGUCACUGCCUCCUCUGAACGAGGCUUUCCAUGAAUAGUGUCACCCCUGCUGUCUAGACAGUUGUCUAGAUGAUGUCGUCACCUCCUUCCAGGGCAGCCCCCAAAGAUGUCAUGGCUGCCACAUCCUCUGGGACCCCUCCCCCCAUCAUAACAGAUGUCACUGCUUCCUGGCCUGGCCCACAGUGAGGACAUCAACUCCUGGCAGGUGGAGGCAGCUUAUCGCUGCCUGGAGGAGUCACUUCCUCUUGGAGUGUCCUUUGAUGACAUAAUUCUCCCCCUCCGUGGGCUGCUGCCCACUUACUCGCCAUUCCUAGUCAGGGCUUCCUGCCCACUGCCAGUGAUGUCCCUGGGCCCCCCUUCAAAGACUUCAUCCCUGGAGGGCUUUGGGAAUGGGCCCCUUCUUCAUGGUAUCACUGCCUCUUUGUCCUCACUACUGUGACCUCUGACCCCUCUGGCUGCCUUGACCUCAGACAAUCCCAUCUCAGACUUGGGGUUGUCCUUGGGGAUGAGGGGUGGGCAGAGUGAAGCCUGGACGAGGACAGCAGGGGAUGGGGCGAGACUAUUCCGAAGGCAUCUCCCCUUUCCUCUUCCCCAGGGAGCCUUUCUGGUGUUUGGGGGGGUUCCCCCCAUUCCCAAUGCACAACUCAUCUUCCCCCCUUGUACAUAGCCAUGAUUUGGGGGUGCCUAUACCCCAACACUAAAGGGCUAAAAAAACUCUCCCCCAGCCCCCCAGGGCAAGGUGGGGGGGGCUCUCCUCCUCAGUCUGUCCCCUAUCCUUCCCAGUCAAAUGCCUGCACUUCUGCCCUCAGCUCCAGCUGCACCUUGAUGGUGAAACAAGCCCUUGACAGGGCAGGGAAAGGAGUUGAGUGAGACUCCCCAGAUGCCUCAUGGCAGGACUCCUUUUUCUAAGGGCCCCCUGGCCCCCAGUGUUCUGCUGAGGCCUCACUCCCUUCAUACAAUAGGGCCUUCCUUGCCCUUCUCCAAUUCAGGGCUCCCCACAGCCUCCAGAAGAGAUCUGGGGGAGUCUCCUACCCGCAUUCUGAUCCUUCCCCCUUGUUUACCCUUCAAGGACCCAGGUGUGGUAUUGCCCCACCUGCCUGGGCUGCUCAUUCCCCCUAGAUGUCUGAUUAUAAGCCAUAAUGGGAAAAGGACCAGGGUCAGCGUGGGGGGAUUUGGAGGGGAGAUAGAACAAACCCAGGACAUCCAGUCUCUCCUGCUCACCACAAUUGCUUCUAACCUUUUGUGUCCUGGAAUUGCCAGAGGGUGGAGGAGAAACAGCUCUGUGGGAGAGGACACUCCAAGCCUCACAUCUCCCUCUCGCUGCUCUCUGCCUGAGUGAAGCCAGAGUCAUUGUAUCUUUGGGAUUUUUUGAAUAAACAGAUGUU